GAGCGACUGGGGGUCUGCAAGGGAAGCUAGGGAGACAGGCCGUUCUGCACCCUCCAGCACGCAAGGAGAGACUAGAGAGCGCGUGUGUUGAGUGCCGCCCGUUUUCCAUUCCCUGCUGGCGUCUGCCUCUGUCUGUGCAGCUUGAGAGCAAAAUUGAAAGCAAAAAGGCGCUGGGAGAGAGCUGCGUGCAGGCUGCACAUCUGGGCCAGUCAGCGAAGCUCUGGCUUUGCAGCGGCCAAUAACAAGGGUGCUGGUGAAAUCUGACUCUCUCCUUCUGGGCCGGAAAAUCUCCCAGUCGCAGCCAAUCGAGGUGCCGCUGGCAGCAGCUGGGGGAAGAGCUGCUGCGCCGGGGGAAGGUGGGGAUCGCAGCGCAAUGGAGACCCAGAAGAAGGGGGCGGCUGCGGCUGUGCCCGGGGGCGAUUGCUAGAUUACUCUCUCUGAUGGAGCUAUGCCAUCAGUUGGGAUGAAGCCGGCCAGUGCAUCAUGCCAUCAUGUGUUCCCAGCAGACCUACCACCAAGAGACCCGUUUGUUACGAUGAACCACGCAGCCAGUGCAGGAAGGCACCUGACUAUCUGUGUAGCUUGUUGUCACUGACCAUUGAGUACUUGGGCAUGGAGUCUGUUGUUGUGGUGACAGAGUAUGAUUCGACUGGUGCCUCAGUUACAUCUCCACAUUCUUCUCCUCGGUUGCCCCGGAGGCCAACAGUGGAAUCAAAUAAAGUUUCUAUUACAGGUUUUCAGGACUGUGUGCAGCUUAAUCAAUAUAAAUUGAAAGAUGAAAUCGGAAAGGGCUCCUAUGGGGUUGUGAAGCUCGCGUACAAUGAAGAUGACAACACCUACUAUGCAAUGAAAGUUCUUUCCAAAAAGAAGCUCAUGAGACAAGCAGGGUUUCCACGCCGCCCACCUCCUCGAGGUGCCAAAGCCACAUCCGAAGGCUGUCUGGAACCAAAAGGGCCUAUUGAACAGGUGUACCAAGAGAUUGCCAUCUUGAAAAAGCUGGACCAUCCUAAUGUAGUGAAACUGGUGGAGGUGCUAGAUGACCCCAGCGAGGACCAUCUGUACAUGGUGUUUGAACUGGUAAAACAAGGAAAGGAUACAGUUCUGAAAGGACGAAUAGAUGGACCAGUACAGCCAGCCAUUGUGACCCAUGGAAGACCUAUGUACGGUCCAGAUGUGCAAGCCAAACAGCUGCCAAGGCCUGUGAUGGAAGUCCCUGCCAUUAAACCUCUCACUGAAGACCAGGCUCGGUUCUACUUUCAGGAUCUGAUCAAAGGCAUCGAAUACUUGCACUAUCAAAAGAUAAUCCACCGGGAUGUUAAACCUUCCAACCUUCUAGUUGGGGAAGAUGGUCACAUCAAAAUCGCUGACUUUGGAGUGAGUAAUGAGUUCAAAGGAACUGAUGCCCUCCUGACCAACACUGUGGGCACCCCUGCAUUCAUGGCACCGGAAACCCUCUCAGAAACGAGAAAAAUCUUUUCUGGCAAGGCUUUGGAUGUAUGGGCCAUGGGAAUCACGCUCUUCUGUUUUGUGUUUGGACAGUGCCCUUUUAUGGAUGAGAGGAUUCUAAGUUUACAUAGUAAAAUCAAGACCCAACCCCUGGAAUUCCCAGAUCAGCCAGACAUUACCGAGGAUUUCAAGGAUCUGAUCAUGCGGAUGCUGGAUAAAAACCCUGAAUCCAGGAUUUCAGUCCCGGAAAUCAAGUUGCACCCGUGGGUCACUAAGAACGGAGCAGAGCCGCUGCCAACGGAGGAUGAGAACUGCACGCUCAUCGAGGUGACCGAAGAAGAAGUCGAGAACUCGGUCAAACACAUCCCGAGCCUGGCCACAGUGAUCUUGGUUAAAACGAUGAUCAGGAAACGAUCUUUCGGGAAUCCAUUUGAGGGGAGCAGGAGAGAAGAACGAUCGCUGUGUGCCCCAGGGAACCUACUGAUCAGGAAGCAAGGCAGUGAAGAUAAUCUGAAGUGCAAUGACCUGCCAAGUGUGGGAGGAGAUGAAGUUCUUUCAUGAAAUCCAACAUUGUGGGUAUGAUGAGCAACUGGGUCUAUGGCUCCUUUUAUACAAUGUGCAUCUGAGGAUAAGAGAUGUAACAGAGCCUCAGCCAAAUAGACACAGCAUGACAUGGCACUCGUACAGCAUUAUACGCUGCAUGUAGCGCGUACAUAGCAGCAUGUUGUAAGAAAUCAGAUUACAGUACUUGUCGUCAACAUUGAACAUCUCUGAUUGUUAAAUACAUAACUAAAUGGACUGCUUGGUUUAUUGUCGGAAACAUGUUGGCAGAGAUCAGAAGGGUGAGACGAUUGUGAGGGGCAGUGGUGAUUUGCAAAAAGCAAACCAAGAUGCAGUUGGAAAUGGUUUUUAAAUGGUUUUAAUGCCAAAUAUUUCACAGAGACUAAUGCUACAAGGCGUUGUACAAGGUAGGUCGGCAGGCAUGUAAAAGUGUGAAUCAAAGUGCAGAAUUCUGGUUUUUACAGCUGUGUACGAAGAGAGUUCACAACCUACCGGAACUAUUGUUGCAUCUAUUUUUUUUAUUGUUUUUCUAAUUGACACAUAUUAAUUGCACAGAAGCAAAGUAAAAACCACCACACCACCUUUUUCAACAAUGCCUGACUUUUUGAGCAAAGUUUUAACAGUUUGAAUAAACAGCAUCUUCAGGUAGUUCACAAACUAACAUUAAUUACUGUGUUUUGAAGACACGACUUUUCCUAAAAUCUUGACAUUAGCAUGGAUAGAUGUGCACUAGCUGGGCCAAGUAUUCAGGGUACAGAUGGAAAAUGUAUCUAAGGGCUGGAAGUUUGGUCUGAACUCUUAUAGCAAUGGGCGUUUCGUGUUAGAAUACGACUUCAAACCUGUAUUGCUGGGGGAAGCUGAACUCCAAUUUUGAGUGGCAAAAGAAGCACUAACUUUUCUAAAUCUUUUACUUGAGUUCGGUAGAUAUACAGUUACGUGUUAAAUUCAGGGUAAAAUCCUUCACUUCCGUGUACAUCACGUUUUAAUACUUACAAAUAGCAUAAAUUGUUUUUUUAAAUUAUAUCUAUUUAGACUUAGGAUUUAAGAUCUUAUUGAAAUAUUUAGAUUAGCUGGUAACUUUCAAAUAAGCAUUUUUUUUUUCAAACUCUUAAUUUGGAUUUUGGGGCUAGAUAUUUCUGCAGCCUAGUAGCCAAUAGCUUGUAAAUCCCUGUGGAUCAGAGGCUAGUUAGCAGACUUCAGUAAUUAAAAUACACAGCUAGUUUAGGGAUUACUCCUUACUAAGAGCAUUUUCAUCGUCCCUGAGAUUGCUUCGGAAUGAUUUUGUGGUGGUGGUAAAAUCUAAACGGUAAGUGGUGGGAUUCUGGCUUCUACAUUAGAUUUUCAGGUCAUGCAUGCUCUGCUAGUAGCUAGAGCAGAAUAACGGAGGUAAUCAUGAAUGAGAUUCUCCAUUUGAUUGGGAAAAGGUCAAAAUAGGAUAGUACUGUGGCUAAAGCAUGGCACUGAAAGGCAGAAGAGCUGGUUCUUUUCUCAGCCCUCCCGCUGACUUGGUGUGGGACCUUGGGCAAGUCACUUAAUCGGCCUGUGCAACUGGGAGAAUCAAACUUCCCUACCAUGCAAGGGGCUUAUGAGGCUGAAUUAUUUAUCCUUGCGUGGAAGGCACUAUAGAAGUGUCAAGUAUUAUUUUGAUCCCUAGUGAUUUCCCCACCCCCUACCCUACAUAUGGCUUAUUGGGCCAGAGCCAUUAUCACGUGGUUGUAUUUUUGCCUUCCUCUGAAGCAGCACUUCGUGGACAUUGCAAGAGGCAGGAUUUGUUGGCUCUAUGUUCUGACCUGGUCCAACAAAUCCCAUCACCCUAGACAUGACAGACCUUUAUUUAAGAGUUAGGAAGUUAAUCUGGUAAUUAGCAAGAAAAGUCCCACUUACGCAAGUUCCCUUUAGCAUAAUAGCCUGUAUAGUUGGCAAAACCUUCUGGGUCCCAAUAAUCCAAGAGUCCCUGUAUUCCCAAGUUGGUACUGGAAUGGUACAGUCAUUGUCUUUCCAAAACCGAUUUCAUACAAGAACCACAACUUCAGUAAACGUUUUCAGAGCAGAAACAAGGAAUCCGCAGCAGUGCAAAGGACACUCAGUUCUUCCUGUUGCUUAAUUUGAAGCUGUGAAUGGCUAUUGUUUGCUCUGCUUCUUUGCUUUUUAAUACCAAGAGGAAUACCAAAGUAAACUCAAGCUUCACAAUUUCUCCUUCCUCUUUUCCCCAAUCUAUUUUCUUUGUGGAAAUACAGAUUGAUAAAGAGCUGCCAGUUGGUUUCCUGUGCUUGUAAAUGGAUUUGUUGUUUUGCAAAAAAAAUGCAUCUAACUGCUUAAAAGAAAAUUCUCUUUGUUCUUGCUGGGUAGUUUGUGUAUCGUGUUUUUGUUUAAGGUCUGUAAGUGGUAUGGAGAUAUAGUGCUGAAUUUUUCCAUUUACAUUAAUGAUUUGGUUCAUGCCAUUGUAUAUAAUUAAAGCUUAAUUUACAAAACAGGAGUGAUCAGGGCCUUGAGAGGUGCAAUGCAGGGAGUAAUGAAUCUGUUAAAGAAGCUCAGGUCUUCUGUACCUAUCAGCAUCGUAUCGCGGCACCAGAGCUUAGCUGUAGAACAGUUUAUGGACAUUGACCUUGGAUUCCUAAGCAUCCAAAGCCUAAGAGCUUCCUCAAGCAAACUCCCCAAGGAAUUUAUUUUCCUGCUACACCUAGCUCCAUGGCUGAGGGACAGUCUGCAACCUGACCUCUCUGCCCAAUAUAUUUUUCUGAAUUAAGCUCUU